AGCCGAGGAGGCUGAGCCGCGCGGGCCGGCGAGUUGUGGCCGCCAGUCUGCUGAGGUGCCAGCGCGGUUGUGGCUUCCGGGCGGAUGGAGGGGCCGGGGCUGGGCUCGCAGUGCAGGAAUCACGGCCAUGGCGCUCAUCAUGCAGGAUUUGGUCGACACAGCACCUGUGCACAUGAAAACAAAGAGUUUGCGAAGGCAAGAGACGUUCUUCCUCUUAUAGAGGAUUCGAGUAACUGUGACAUUGUGAAAGCCACUCAAUAUGGCAUUUUUGAACGGUGUAAAGAGUUGGUAGAAGCGGGAUAUGAUGUGAGGCAACCAGACAGAGAAAAUGUGUUCCUCCUGCAUUGGGCUGCCAUUAACAACAGGCUGGAUCUUGUAAAGUUUUAUAUUUCAAAAGGUGCUGUUGUAGAUCAGUUGGGUGGAGAUUUGAAUUCAACUCCUCUUCACUGGGCCAUCCGACAAGGACAUUUACCCAUGGUCAUAUUACUACUUCAGCAUGGAGCAGACCCCACUCUUAUUGAUGGAGAGGGAUUCAGCAGCAUUCACCUGGCCGUGUUAUUUCAGCACAUGCCUAUAAUAGCAUAUCUCAUCUCAAAGGGACAGAGUGUGAAUAUGACAGAUGUAAAUGGACAGACACCUCUCAUGUUGUCAGCUUACAAAGUCAUUGGGCCAGAACCAACUGGAUUUCUUUUGAAGUUUAAUCCGUCUCUCAAUGUUGUUGAUAAAAUACAUCAGAACACUCCAUUGCACUGGGCAGUUGCAGCAGGAAAUGUCAGUGCCGUUGACAAGCUUUUGGAAGCUGGUUCUAGUCUGGACAUCCGGAAUGUUAAGGGAGAAACACCUCUUGAUAUGGCUCUACAAAAUAAAAAUCACCUCAUUGUUCACAUGCUGAAAACAGAAGCCAAAAUGAGGGCCAACCAAAAGUUCAGGCUUUGGAGAUGGCUACAGAAAUGCGAGCUCUUCCUGCUGCUGAUGCUUUCAGUGAUUGCCCUGUGGGCUGUUGGUUACAUCCUGGACUUCAAUUCAGACUCGUGGCUCUUAAAAGGGUGUCUGCUAGUCACAUUGUUUUUUCUGACAUCUUUGUUUCCGAGAUUCUUGGUUGGCUAUAAGAACCUUGUAUACUUACCAACGGUCUUUCUGCUAAGUUCCAUUUUUUGGAUAUUCAUAACUUGGUUCAUUUUAUUCUUUCCUGAUGUUGCAGGCAGCCCUUUCUACCUUGUUUUUUUUUUCAGCAUAGCAGCUUUUCUCUACUUUUUCUACAAGACUUGGGCAACUGAUCCAGGUUUUACCAAGGCUUCUGAAGAAGAAAGGAAAGUGAAUAUUGUUACCCUAGCAGAAACUGGCUGUCUGGACUUCAGAACGUUUUGCACAUCAUGUCUUAUAAGGAAGCCACUAAGGUCACUGCAUUGCCAUGUGUGCAACUCUUGUGUGGCUCGAUUUGACCAACACUGCUUUUGGACUGGACGGUGCAUAGGCUUUGGCAACCACCACCAUUACAUACGCUUCUUGUUUUUCCUCUCCAUGGUGUGUGACUGGGUCAUGUACGGAUCUUUCGUCUAUUGGUCAAAUCAUUGUGCCACAACAUUCAAGGAAGAUGGACUUUGGACCUACCUAAGUCAGAUCGUGGCCUGUUCUCCUUGGGUUUUGUAUAUCUUCUUGCUAGCAACAUUCCAUUUCUCAUGGUCAACAUUUUUAUUAGUUAAUCAACUCUUUCAGAUUGCUUUUCUUGGCUUGACCUCCCAUGAGAGAAUCAGCCUGCUGAAGCAGAGCCGGCACAUGAAGCAGACGUUGUCCCUCAGGAAGACACCGUACAACCUUGGAUUCAUACAGAACCUGGCAGAUUUCUUCCAGUGUGGUUGCUUCGGCUUAGUGAAGCCCUGUGUGAUAGACUGGACGUCCCAGUACACCAUGGUUUUUCAUCCAGCCAAAGAGAAAGUUCUUCGCUCCGUAUGACACAAAGCACCUCAAAACUCAGUCUGAUUUCUUUUUAUUUAUGUUGAUUUUUCCAUGGUCUGAAAGGGAAAUGACAUUUAGAGAUCCUAAGUCCAGAGCAAAAUAUAGGUGGCUUCAGGGCUCUGUGGAAACAGUUUUCAGUAAGUCCAUAAGCCCAUGCCUACUGAUGGACCUAGAAAGAUGGACCAUUGCUGAGCAGUCUUCACAGACAUCUUUUAAAUCUUCCAGACUUUCCCCAAGAACAUGAGCUACUUUUUUUUUUAAGACAAUAUUCAGUGAUUAUGGAUAGAGUAUUUUCAGAUACUUUAUUGGCUAUUUAAAAAUAGCAUUUAUUCUUUAAACUUAUAAGUUUUGACAAGUUAUUUGUCUUUGUUG